UGGCGAAAUAUAUUUCAAUUGAGGAGAUGCAGAAGGAAGAAAAGUCCAUUUUUUGGAACUGAUUCGAGUUCUGUCGAAACUCGGAAUGCUAAAAUAUAUUUCAUCGCUAUUCAUCAAAUAAAUGUAUGGUGUAUAUAUCGAAGUGCGGGUGAGAUAUUUACUCGAGUGCAGAAAAAGGGAAAUAGAAUAACGUGUUGAUAUGCAUUUAAAAGUACCGGAAACGAUAAAAGCUGGCGCCAAUAUAUAACAAUGAGAUGAAGAAUCACCAUAAAAUGUCAUCGUCAAAUGGCAUUUCUGCUAUGGAAGCUUACUAAAUGUUGGAGUUUAGCCCAGUAUUCGUAUUGAGACAUCGCAUAUAUGUUACAUUAGGAAUAAUGUUCCAACUAGGCCAAACGUUUGAACGAGUUAUUGAUUUUGCUUCAUAGUGAAACAACUUCAGUAAUGUUGGUCAGUUAUCACUUCAAAAGAAGUAGUAAUUUCGAACAUGAUAGUAUCCCUUCAGUGCAUCGAUAAAUCUAAACAGAUAUAUGACACGUAAGGAUUAUCAGUGAUGAAAUAAAACAGAGUUCGUGUGGCUUGAUAGUGUAAUCAGCGUGGCGAAAAGACGGAAGAAAGUAAAUUUAGCUCACCGUGGUGCUGUUCAGUGGAAAAUCAAAUUUAAAUUUAGAGAAAUUUAGCGAAGCGGUGUUCAAUCGUUGGUUACGGUUGGAAAUGGAAGAUAUGCGCACAGGCCUAAUUAAAACACACGCUUUACGUUCACCUUAAAUGAACUUCCUGUAUCUGAUUGCGAGCACCAACAAUAAAAGCUCUGUGCAGCUGCUAUAACUGUUUAUGGCUAUGGCAGAUGACAUAUCACCCGGUAAUCGUCCACCUUACAAGAAACGCAGCUCAUCGAUAUCAGCACCAGCAUGUGCAAGCUUAGAAACAAUCGUCAGCCCUCCGUCCGAAAGUGGCACCCCGGAGGGCGGUACUCCCGGCUACAGAAGACGGAGGCCAGCGACCAGAUCACAAAGUGCUCGUAUAACCGGGCCUAGAUCGGUACGACGAAAACCGCAACCUUCAUCUGCUACACUGCAAGAUUCGAAAGGGCAUUGCACGAGCGAACCGAGACUAAAUGAUUCAGAAACACCGCCUCUGCAAAAGCGCCGAGGUUCCCAAAGGAGAGCUACACAAAACACAGACAGAAGAAUCCAAAAUGUGAGAACCAAGAUAGCUCCGAGAAAAUCCAACGCCUUCCUAGAUGUUCCGCUGAUGAAUUUACAACACUUACAAAUCGAGGAUCAGGAUGAUGAUGACAACUAUAGACUAAGAACUUUCAGUUCUUCCAAGCAAGGCGUUGUGAACCGAGGGGAUUCUUUCAGGAGACGACGAUCAAGGAGCAACAGUUUGGCACCAACGAGUCCUAUGUAUGCCCCGGAAGAGACACUUGCGCCAAACAAAGAACCUAUUGAUUCAUUCCAGGUUACAAUGCUUGGUGCUGACGGUGUUGGUAAGGGUGCUUUACUGUUACAGUUUCGAACAUCAGAAUGUAUCAACGCAUACGAUACACGGGAGUCUCCUGGUCGGCAGAAUAUUUCUAUCAUUCUAAAUGGCGAGGAAUCAGAGUUGAAAAUUUCUACUGAUAAUAUUGGCAGUAAGGACGAACUGUCGAAGGCGGAUGCAUUCUUGGUGGUGUUUUCUGUUGUCGAUAAAGCUACAUUCAGUCGCGCUGAGCAGUUUCUAAAUGUUCUGCAAGAUAUGGAACUCCUACGUACUCGUCCCACAAUUCUAGUUGCCAAUAAAAUUGAUUUGGCUAGAUCACGUGCGGUUUCAACUCAAGAUGGCAAAUGUCUAGCAUGUAUGUAUAGGAUUAAGUUCAUUGAGGUUUCAGUAGCAAUCAAUCACAACGUAGAUGAACUAUUGGCAGGCGUGUUAUCACAAAUUCGUCUGAAGAAAGCACAUUUUACCAUACAGGGACAUGUAGAGCCAACCUCGGCGCAUUGGUAUAAAAAUCGCAGCGUUGUACGUGCCUCCAUGAAGGCUCGCCAAAUGAUCACCUGGAUAUUCGGAAAAGAAGAUUCCAAGUUCAAAAACUGCGAAAACUUGCAAAUACUUUAAGCAAUUUAACUAUUAGAAUUGGUGACAAAGCUAUGCUGAAUGCUUCCCUAAUGCAAAUAGCAUGACUAUCGUUGCUUUAAGCACAUUCGAAUCAGUAGAAUUUCUGUCUCAAGCUUAAACUAUAAGACUUUCAUUAACCGCAAUAACAUAAUCAUUCGAUGAUGUCAUAUUGUACCUUAAGUUCGAUUUCAAAAAGUGCCUUUGAAAUUCUUUACACACCAACCACCCAAAGAACAUUCAAUAUUUCAUGUAAGUCAUGUAUCCUGAUAAGGUUAGCUGACUAAAAUUAUUUGUAUAUGAUAAGAUAGGAAAAUUCUACAGAUCACUUGAUUGGGUUAGUGAUCUGUAGAAUGUAGAGAAAAAUUGAUAUUUUGGUUUUGUAUUUUCUCAUCCUCAUCCUUCUCAUCCUGUAUUCGAUUGAAGCUCAGGCGCAUUAUUCGAUCCAAUGUAAAAAAUUGUCCCCAAUCGUUAUCAUUAUUAAUUUCCUUGUGGUCUAAAUCACAUGUUCAGCAGUUUUCCUGUCAUUGCCCAUUACUUCUAGAUAUUGUUUCACGACUGCGAUACCUGAUGGAAGGGUUCCGUUAGGCUCAUAAUUUCAUUUAUAUAUACACCCGUAACUUCUUAAUUCUUUCUGAAUUUUUACCCUCAAUGCAAUGUAAUUAUUGUCUUUGAGACGUUAGACUAAAUUAUGAUCUUCUUCUGCUAAACUUGAACAUCCAUCAAUUGUCAUAACAGACCAAAUAUGCAGAGAAGUUGUAAAUUAAUCUCCAUCACUGAACUGACGAUUGUUGCGUAAAGCCUUGAGUGUACAAAUCAGAUUAGAUUUUUUUUUGUAAUUGUAAAACAUUAUUUGCCGAAUUUACACUCUGUCCAACUUCUAUAAGACCAAGUGAUGAUCUUGCUGCUUUGUGUCAUUGUAAACAAACAAUGCUUAUAUUCUAGUGUAUAGGUAUUGGUGACUACCAUACACUGCAUGAUUUUCAUAUACUGCGUUUCACAACUAUAGAACCACUCAUUUUUCCUGAGUUUCCAGAGAUAUGUAAGAAGUCGGUUGAAUUGAGGUAUAUAGUGUAGGAUGUGUGCUCCCGUGGCCGAAUGGUUAGCGUCACACCUAACAUGCCGGGGGUUCGGGUUCGAUUCCCGUUCUGGUCGGGGGAAUUUUUCGUCAAAGAAAUUUCCUCCGACUUGCACUGUGAUCACGCGUAUUCUAGAGCUUGCAAUUCAGAAUGCAUUCAAGGCGUGUUAUUUGGCAUAGAAAUCUCAACUAAGUACUAAUAAAAAAUGACGCAAGUAAUACUACGCUGAGACGGCGAAGUUCCUCUAGGAACGUUAGUGCCAUUGAAGAAGAAGAAGAAGUGUAGGAUGUAAUAAAUAUCUUCAUUGAAAAGACUGGCCAUUUGAACUUUAUUCAGUCCACAAUAAGGUAUUAACGUUCAAAAACUUGCACUCCAGUGUCAUUCUUUCGUUUUUGAACCUCUGAACUUACACCCCGGUACAGAAAUGAAAGACGUAGUCCUACGUCAAAAUAGCGCUUCUAUAGUUGUGAAACGCAGUGUAUGUCUAUGUGCAAACGCUGAGCAUAAAGAAAUGUUUUUGUAUUUUUCAAGUUUCUAUAAGACCAGUUACAUUUUCCGUCGUUUACUUGUUUUGAUCAAUUAAAUCUGGAAAAUGUCGAAGGAAAAGUCGUCACGGAGAGAGAAGAAAGACAACUCGAUGCAUUUCGAUGCAAGAAAAUGUUGGUAUCAGAGAAAUUUCUCGUCGGAUUGGACGAUUGGACCAUCAAGUACUGAUCAAUUAUUUGGCGAAUCCUUAAUCCGAAUCCGAAUUUUAUAAGAAGAGAGCUCCACGUAAAUUGAAGCUUUCUGACCAGGAUAAGCGGGAAAUAGCUAGAACAGCUUCGAAUACUUGAAAAUCACUUAAGAAAAUAAAGCAAAAUUUCAAUUCUAAUGUUAUCAGGACAAUUCGUCAAGUUUUGGUAAAAAAUCCUCACAUAAAGAGAGCUAGGAAGGUUAAAACUCCUCAUCUUAAACCAUCUCACAUUGGAAGACGUCUGAGUUUUGCCAAAGUUCACAUGAACCUACAGUGGGACAUGGUAUGUUGUGACAAAGAAUGUUUUCAAAAUAAUACAUUUUGCUAUAUACCAAACGAAAAGUUCUUCAAUUUAUAGGUAUGUAAUGUAUGUCUUCAAUGACGGAAAAAAGUUCAAUUUGGAUGGUCCUGAUGAUUUAAACGUGUACUGGCGAGAUUUAUGGAAGAAGGAACAGUAUUUUUCAACCUGCAAUUUUGGUGGAGGCUCGUGCAUAGUUUGGGCGCGAUUAUGUGCAACCGGAAAACUCAAGAUAGCUUUCACAUCAUUCAAGGAUUACAUACAUGUUCUGGAAUCCUCUCUCCUACCGUUCUUGCGUGGAUAUCGAUACAUUCCAGCAAAAUAAUGCUACUAUUCAAACCAGCAAGGAAACUAAACAAUGGAUUAAGGACCAAAAACUUAUUUUUUGGACUGGCCAGCUCGCUCUCCAGACAUGAAUCCUGUUGAAAAUCUUGGGGGGGAUCCUUGUACGCAGAAUGUACGCUGAAGGUACACUACGAUUGAAAAGUUUAAGGUCGCAAUUUCGGAAACGUGAAAAAAUAUCGAGCAAUCCGUUCAGCAGAAUUUGGUAAAUAGUAUUCCAACACGAAUUUUCCAAGUUAUUAGUCGAAAUGGCAAGGCUACCUAUUAUUGACAUGUAAAUCAGCUUAUCGUUUUGAAUUUUUCAUUGAUAAUGCUUAUGAAUUUUGAAGUGGUCCUUUAGAAACUAGACAGCUGAAAUUAUCAUAUUAAAGCACAAUAAAUAAACAAACAACUCUUUUGAACGGAAUUGACGUUAAUUACACUUUAUUCUAAGCAUUCAACAAUGUAUGAAUGUAUGUUGUUGGAAUUCUAACUGUUUGUGUAGCAACGAAAUAGAAUCGGGGUGGUUUUACAGAAGUUGGGCAGAGUGUAGUGCAGUGUUUUUUAUUCGUUAGCUGUGACUUUUCCCGAGUUUUCUCAUUAAACAAAUUCCUUGUCUUUUGAGGUGAUUCAAAAACCGGCCCGAUUAUGGGAAGCAGUGGAUCACUCACUGGGACAAUUAGUAGUUGUAAUAAAAAAUGUCAAGGCAGUCCAAGAGUUCCCAGUCACAGAUACGGUUUCAAAUCGUUUUCAAGUGAAUCUCAAGGUUUCAAUGAGCACAUUUUGAGUUUUGUAUGCGUCUUUUUCCAAAAAUCUAACUUUCAAACUAACUAUAAAUUUUACUGACAUCCCUUUCUGUUAUUGAUGUCAACAUGGAUCAACAUAUAAUCAAGAUGGUCUGAUUUGAUCUAAUGCUUAGCCAUCUUUUGGAUAUAUCCCCUUGAUUAUUUGGUCCGUGCAACCAUUCGGCUACAGAAAUCGCCAAUUAUAUUUGUUGUUAAACUUAUCUGUACAUCACGAAUCCACAAUAUAACAAGUAACUAAUCCCAGAAGCAUGUGUUGGAAUGAAGUGUUUUCCUCAAGAAUUGUUCGAGCAUUUCACAUGGAUUUUUUCGAGUACUUAAUCCAAUUCAACGGAUUGAUUGAUUCGUCGUAGUCUUUCUGGUCGCUUCGUCAGUUUGUUACUUUCUUUAUGUGUCUACAGGCGAUUAAUGUGUCCAACAUUUUUUCCUAAAAUAUCUCCUCAAUUGAUGAUUUAUUUUUCUUAUAAAGUAUUUUUUGGAAAGGUUAUUUCAGUGGAAAUUUUUGUUAACUUCUACAUUUCAGAACUUACAUAUUCGCAGCUAAAAUGCAUGUACUAUUGUGGAAUCAAACAUGGAAAUAGUACUUAGAGUGAUAUAUUUUAGAAAAAAGUGCCCACAAACAUCGGGGAUAUCCAGAGUUUAUUGUUCUUUAUAUUUAUGCAUUCGAGUCGGGAUGUGAUCAUUUCAUUUCAUUUCUUGCAUCGAACGAUAAACUUUCAAGAAUUACCACGGAACAGCUAACUACAAGAUUUCGAAUGAAUGAAUCUAUCGUCACAUCUUUAACAUAUACGAACACCACAUAUGUAAAAAUAUUAAAAGAUAUUCCCCCCAUUCUAAAGGCGAAUGGCGUGACAUCGCACAAAUCACAGUGUUUCCGAAUACGAAUGGCGUGACUAUAGUUAUCGUAUCCUCUUCUUUUGCUAUCGACUCGAAUAAAAAAUAGGAGCUAAAAAUAAGGUGACUUCCAGAAUAAGGCGAGUGGCUUUGUCACGUCACUCGCGGCGCAGAAUGAAGGGGACUGUUUUGCGUAAUCAAAAAUGAACAAUCAAUAUGAUGACGAUUGGAACAAUUAGAUGAAUUAGAACCAAUUAAAAAAAACAUUGAAUACACCACAAAAAAGCAAAUAAUUUUCGAGAUUCAUAUCAGAUAUGAUAUGUAAUAUAAUUAACAAAUGAGCGAACCAAACCAUAUAUAACUUUACAACAUACAAUAUUUGAUAAAAUAUGUUGAACCGUUGUAGUAAUUGACCGUGAUGAUCUAUUGAUUAUAAUUAACAAAAUGCUACAAAACAAUAACAUGAAAAAUCAAUAAUUAUAUACAUUGUAUGACAUUGGGGUAUAUAUAACAAGUUUUCCGAAUAAAAUUUUGAAUUGUUACUUUACCGAUAAAAAGUUGUUCAUCGUGUGUUAUUUAGAUAUGCCAUUAUCUACACAAUACUGUCGUUAAAAACAUCAUACAGCAGUCGUUCGCUAACUGGACCUACUUUAACUGGACUGCUAGGCUGCAACCCAUUCAAGUAUCAUUAGAAGACGUCAUAUUUAGUUUGAACUGAAUUUCAAAUGAAGGAGUACUGUUGAGAAUUAGAAACUCCUUUUGUAGCAGUUCGGUUUGAAUCUGCUCAAACUAGAAACAUACAAGUUUAUUUUAGUUCGAGAUUUUAAAGGUAAGUAUGUUCGUUCACGUACAGAUUUUGUUUCUUCUACUGAUAAAAAAUGUGCCUGGACUUUAUAUUGCUUCUGCCUAAGCUUUCAAGCGCAGUGUAUGUAAGGUUUGUAAGUAAUUGAAGGAAUAAC